AGGAGACCGCUACAGGACAGACACUCAUUUUCACCUCUUUGUCCUCUCCGGUCAGUGUCAACAUCUCUCCGAGCUCCAUCUCCAACUUGUGUUCAGUGUGCAGGGAUGUCUCUGUCCGGUUCUGAAACACCAGAGGAGGGACUUUAUGGUUCCUGGGUGGAGCUGGAGGAGCUGAUCGCGGCCGUGAGCCGCAGGGAGAGUCUGACAGGACCACAGGACAGCAUCUCCUCCACCCUGCAGGGGGAGCUGGAGAGGAUCCUUCUGGAGGCACAGCUGGAGUGUGAGAGGAGUAGAGACAGUCCUCCACAGGUGUUGACUCCACAGUCAGUUGGUUCCCUCAGACCCACCAGUGAGCAGGACAGUGACUGCAUUACCAUACAGGAGGAAGCUGAGAGGCGAGGGGACACUGAGUGGGUGUGGGAUUGGUCCAGCAGACCUGAAAAUAUGCCACCUAAAGAGUUUGUGUUUCAGCACCCAAAACAGCAGAGUUCCCUCAGCGUUAGGAAGAUAGAAGUGAUGAAAAGAAGAAUCUUUUCAUCUGAUGUUCUCCUCAUCCUUGUUCCCUCCCUGCUGGCUUCACACUUGCUCACACUUGGAAUCGG